UAUUCAGUCAUUUAUUUAUUUUAUUUUUUCUUCAUUUUAGCCUUCUUCCUUCUCCAAGACGGCAAACGAGAUAUUAUCCAUACCAGCUUACAGAUCUCGCUUUGGAUCCACUCUUGCUGUCGCCGAUUUUGAUAUGGAUAAACAUAACGAUGUCCUAGUUGGGGCUCCUUACGAAAAUGAUGGCAUCGGUUGUAUCUAUUUAUUUAACAGUGACGGAAAAUUACUUAAGAAAACACCCUCACAAAGAAUUGAAGGUACUAAAAUAAAUAACAACAUCAGAUCUUUUGGAAUAUCUUUUUCCCGCACCGUUGAUAUUGAUAAAAAUGGAUACCCAGAUAUUGCUGUUGGAGCUUACCUUUCGGAUCGAGCUGUCAUACUUCAAAGCCGGCCAGUCAUCAAACCACAUAAGAGUCUGGUAGUUACACCAAAAAUACUGCAAUCCUUUUUGGAUCCGAUUUGGCAGACAAAUGGGGACAUAAUAGUAAAUGUUACCCUUUACAUGUUCUUUUCCGGUGGAAAUUAUGAUUUAGUUAUGAAUACAAAUUUAAAAGUGGAUAUUGGAGAACCUGCGAGAAGAAAACGAGUCUAUUUGGAGAAUAACCAGAAAGAAUACACCAGUUCAGAAAAAAUCAAGACGAGUUUUUACGGAAAAGUUUACCAAAUCUACGUAAAGAAUAAGAUUAAUUCGCUGAAGCCAAUAAAGUUUGUCCUUGAUUACCAUCUUCAAAAUAAUGGCUAUGGUACAUGGUGUAACUUGUGCCCGCUUCUAAAGAAUGGAAGUCUAAACGCAACGGUAAGUAUUUUCCUUUAACAAGUUAACAUGUAACAGGUAUUUUAAUACUUCUCAGCCCUUCUGAAGUCAUGAACUUCUUUACUUUCGUAAUAAUUUGAAAUGUAUUUUAACAAUAUCUUUUAAAUAAAAAUUCAGUACAAAGGAAAAUAUCCACGAGAUCAGGUGUUUAAAGAAGCAUGUUAAAAGGAAGAACCGCCAGGUCACCUGGCUUGGCAAAUGAAUGUGUCUGUUUCUCACACGCUGAUACGAAGGGCUUUGGUUUUACAAUUUAGAGUGAAUGAAGGAAUUUAUUUCCAAUGAAUUUAUGAUCAACUGGCAGGUACUAGAGUUUGUUAUUAAGGUGGGAUGUACCAUUUCAACUCUCUCUCUUGUGAUGGCCAAAGAAUUGCUAUUGAUACGUGCAUAAAGUUUCAAAAAUAUCAAGAGGCACUUUGCUGUUUGGCAAGUUCAUACAUGGUGUUAUGAGUAAGGC